AUGAAGAGAAACAACCUACAACAAUCCAUUUUUUUAUUUUUGGGGUAUUCAAGCAAAAUACUUCCGAUCAAGAGAAGUCAGGAAACUUGGCCUUCGAUAAGGAUACUGAACACCAGUUUACUGUUUUCACUUGCCGCAGCAGCUACCAACUUUCAUGGAAUCAAAUUGGCCCAGACAACCUACAACUUUCCAUCUUAUUUUGUGGUCUAUUUUAGCAAAAUGGUUCCGAUGAAGAGGAGUCAUUUAAAAAUAGAGGGACAAAAUUUAAGUGUUAAAAUUAUUUUGAUGCCCGGGUCGCUGGCCGGCGCGUUGGCGUACGAGGAGGCCGGGCUGGCGGGCACACUGCUGUGCCGCACGCUGGCGGGGCUGAGCCGCGACCAGCAGGCGCUGUGCCGCCGGCAGCCCGACGCCACCUGGACGGCGCUGCAGGGGCUGCGCAUGGCGCACAACGAGUGCCAGCUCCAGUUCCGCAGCCAGCGCUGGAACUGCUCCACGCUGUCGCCGAGGGGGCUGGCCGGACUCGCCGGCAACCCGCAGGGCGCCGCGCUCAUGCGCGCAGUGCUUAGCACGACAGCCAUACCGAUUAGUAAAUCCGUGUCGCCAGGUUUCCGCGAGUCCGCCUUCGCGCACGCCAUCGCGGCGGCCGGCGUGACGCACGCCAUCUCCCGGGCGUGCGCGCGGGGGCAGCUGCUGGACUGCGGCUGCGACCACUCUGAGGUGUCCGACAGCGGCCGCCUGUCGUGGGUGGGAGCGCGCGCCCUGGGCCCGCUGGGCGCCUCGUCGGGCACCUCGUCGGGCACCUCGUCGAGUCCGCCGGGCGCCGCCACGUUCCCCGCGGCGCGCUGGAAGUGGAGCGGCUGCUCGCACAACGUCUACUUCGGCGGGGACUUCGCCAAGGCCUUCCUGGACGGGCGCAGGCCGGCCGCCGACAUCCAGGCGCGCGUCGAGCAGCACAACGGCCGCGCGGGCAGGCUGGCGGUGAAGAACAACAUGCAGGUGCGCUGCAAGUGCCACGGCGUGUCGGGGUCGUGCGAGCUGCGCACGUGUUGGCGCGCGGCGCCGGACUUCCGUCUGGUGGGCACGGCGCUCAAGGAGCGCUUCCAGGGCGCCGUGCUGGUGGACCAGAGCAACCUGGGCGGCGGCCAUCCGCUGCUGCGCGAGCGCGGCGCCAACCGCGCCAACCGGCGGCCGCCCAACCGGCCGUACCGGCAGCGGCCCAAGCGGCGGCCGCGGCCGCGGCGGCGCCCCGCGCGCGACCUGUCGCUGGACCUCCUGUACCUGCAGCGCUCGCCCAACUUCUGCGACCGCGACGCCUCCGUCGGCUUCCCCGGCACGGCGGGCCGCCGCUACUUUUGUAGAUAUAAAACUACUGUUCUAGGCUAA